AUGCGCAUGCGCGCUGCUGCCGCCCGGCCUGACGGGAAGGGCGAGCCGCGGCGCGUGCGCACUCGGCGGCAGCGGGGGGCGGUCACCAUUCUGAAAGAUCUUAACCAUGUCAUCAGUGAGACAGAAACAUGGUGUACACCUAAUUUUUCUUCUUACCAGCCCUGUUCUCUUGUCCAGCUGAACGAGCUAGUGGUGGGGGACACCAAUGGGAAGCUCUACGUGUACAAGAAUGAUGACAGCAAGCCCUGGACUGUGCGAUCCUGCCAAGGAAUGCUCACAUGUGUUGGAGUGGGAGACGUAUGCAAUAAAGGAAAGAACCUGGUGGUGGCCGUGAGUGCUGAGGGCUGGUUUCAUCUUUUUGACCUGAGUUCUCCAGCUUCAAAACACCCAGAUUCCUCAGGCCACCAUGAGUUGUUGGCAGCAGCAGAAGAGCAGAAGCCGGUGUUCAAGCAGCACAUUCCUGCCAACACCAAGGUCAUGCUGAUCAGUGACAUUGAUGGAGAUGGGAAGUGUGAGUUGGUGGUGGGUUACACUGACAGGGUGGUGCGGGCCUUCCGCUGGGAGGACCUAUCUGACGGCUCCGACCACGUCUCGGGACAGCUGCUCCUGCUGAAGAAAUGGCUUCUAGAAGGUCAGGUGGACAGCUUGUCUGUGAACCCGGGCCCUGAUGGCUCACCUGAGUUAAUGGUUUCUCAGCCUGGUUGUGGUUAUGCUAUUCUGCUGUGCACCUGGGACUUGGAGCAGCAGCCCACGCCAGAGGGAAGGGACAGCUCUGCCCCAGGCAGGGAGGCACCUGUUCGAGAUGUUGUUCUCCACCAGACAUCUGGUCGGAUCCACAACAAGAAUGUUUCCACUCAUCUCAUCGGUAGCAUUGGCAGAGGUUGCUCCAGUGUGAACAGUGGCUCAGGGCUCUUUGCCCUCUGUACUCUAGAUGGAACAUUGAAACUCAUGGAGGGAGCAGAUAAGCUUCUCUGGUCUGUGCAGGUUGAUCACCAGUUGUUUGCUCUGGAAAAGCUGGAUGUUACUGGCAAUGGGCGUGAGGAAGUGAUUGCAUGUGCGUGGGACGGCCAGACCUACAUCAUCGACCACGAUCGGACUGUUGCCAGGUUUCAAGCAGAUGAGAACGUCAGCGCCUUCUGUGCAGGCCUCUACGCAUGCAAAGGAGGAAGCAACAGCCCAUGCCUCGUUUAUGUCAGCUUCAGUCAGAAGAUCUACAUUUACUGGGAUGUCCAGCUGGAGAGAAUGGAGUCCACCAACCUGCUGAAAAUCCUGGAGAGUGACCCAGAGUUUGGAGAUCUCUUGCAGCAGCUGGGUGUAGAAAGAAGUGAUAUUUCUUCCGUCAAAGAUCUGAUUCACAAAACACUAUAUUUUCCUGAGAAACACCAGCAGAACAGCCAGGCACAGUGUCAAGACCUGGCAUAG